AUGGCAGCCCUAGCAACAACAGCAUUUGCACUCUUUCUUCUCUGUGUCUCUGAUUUCAUUUCGGUCUCUGCUAAAGGAGGCUUCACCGUGGACCUGAUUCACCGUGACUCACCUCGCUCUCCCUUCUACAACCCUUCAGAAACUCCAUCCCAACGCUUGAAGAAUGCCUUUCACCGUUCCUUCGGCCGACUCAGCCAUUUAAAACCAACAGCUUACUCUUCGGUAGCUCAGCCUAACCAAGCUGAGUCCACUUUAAUCAGCAACCGCGGCGAGUACCUCAUGGAGUUGUCAAUCGGAACACCUCCAUUUUCGAUCAAGGCCAUCGCAGACACCGGCAGUGACCUCAUUUGGACGCAGUGCGAGCCUUGUGUUAAUUGCUACACGCAAACUGAUCCUAUUUUCGACCCCUCAAAAUCAUCUACUUACAAAACCAUUCAUUGCUCUUCAAACCAAUGCACUGAACUAAAAGGCAGGUGCCCCGCCAAGGGGAGUGGUUCGGGUUCGGCUUGCCAAUACGAAGUGGACUAUGGUAUUCAGUACACAAUCGGAAACCUUGCCGUGGAUACUCUAACCCUAGCUUCCACUACCGGGAGAAACGUUUCGUUCCCGAAAACCAUAAUCGGGUGUGGCCACAACAAUACUGGAACCUUUGACAAAAAAGAGUCUGGCAUAGUUGGGCUUGGAGGUGGCGACGAGUCACUCAUUACCCAAUUGGGUACUUCUAUAGAUGGAAAGUUUUCGUAUUGCUUAGUUCCUUUUGCCUGGGAAGGUAACCAAACAAGCAAGUUGAACUUUGGUGACAAUGCUGUGGUUUCCGGCUCUGGCGUUGUGUCCACUCCCAUUGUCGAAUACCCAACCCAAAAAACCUUCUUCUUCUUGACAUUGAAGGCUAUCAGCGUUGGCAACGUGAAAGUUCCCUACACAUCAUCAUCUUCAGCAUCUAGUAAGGGCAACAUUAUAAUCGACUCCGGCACCACGCUAACCCUACUGGAGCCAUCAUUCUACUCGAAACUAGAAAAAGUAGUUGACAAGGUUGUCGGCGGGGAGCGCGUGAACGACUCUCAGAUUGGAAUACCCCUUUGCUAUAAGGUGAGUCAAUCCAAGUAUUUGAAGUUGCCAAAUAUUACUGUGCAUUUCAGCGGCGGGAAUGUGAAGUUGAAGCCAAAUAACACCUUUAUUAGGGUGAGCGACGAGGCUUUGUGCUUUGCCUUUGCUCCGGCGGUUUUGGUUCCUUCGCUCUAUGGGAACGUGGCCCAGGCAGAUUUCUUAGUGGGAUAUGACGUUAAGAAGAAGACUGUGUCCUUCAAGCCAACUGAUUGCACCAAGGUGUAA